CUCCUUGCUUUCCUGGCUUCCAAUAGCUCACUGCAGAGAGCAGCAGAGGGCGCCGCCCGGCGUGGAUCCGGCCUGCUCCGAAUUCCCCCGUCCGGGGAUUUCCCACUCCACCUCGACCAGAGCCUCUAUAAAGAGCACGCUGGAGCUAUGCUCGUAAACUGGUGCGGGAGGGCAGGAUCUCACUGUGCUUCUCCACGGAGAACAGAAACCAAAGCUUUUGAAUUUACUUUCUUCACCUAGUAACAGCAAUUACGAAUGUUAAAAGAGAUGGGAAGAACAAGCCAAGCUGUGCUAAUAAUUUUGUAUGUGUUCAUGACCGUUAAAGCUUUUGAAAUGGAGAUUAUACCUGCUAACAGAAUUGUUAAACAGAUUGGAGAAACACUCAAACUCACCUGCAAUACUACUGGCUGUGCAUCGCCAAGAUUUUCCUGGAGAACCCAGAUGGACAACCCCCUUGGAGGAACAGUGAAUAAUUAUAGGACAUACUCUACCUUGACUAUGAAUCCGGUUAGCACUGUGAAUUCUCAUGACUAUCUGUGUACUGUCUUCUGUGGUGAGAAAGAGAAAAAAGAGAAGAGUGUCAAAGUUGAAAUUUACUCUUUUCCCAGAGAUCCUGUCAUUGAGAUCAGCCCAUCUUUAGCUGCUGCAGAGCCAGUCACUGUCACCUGUAAAAUUCUGGAUGUGUAUCCUUCUCAUUACCUGGAAGUACUCCUAAAGAAAGAGGAUCAUGUUCUUCAUGAGAAAAACUUUUAUGAAGAUGAAAGCACAAAUACAGAGAACAAAACUGUCACAUAUUCAUUUAAUCCCACAGCUGAAGAUAUAGGGAAAGAGAUUACCUGUGUGGCGAAGUUACCAAUUCCUAAUAUGGACUUUGAACCCAAAGAAAGAGUAACUUCUGAGAAACUGACUGCAAACUUUGGCCCGCAAAAUACUGUCAUUACUGCAUCUCCAGGCAACUGGCCAAUGAAGGGAGACACUCUGAACCUCACUUGUGUGACUGAGAGUAAUCCACCAGCACAGAUAGUUUGGAGAAAACAUCUGGCUGAUGAAAGCAUUCAGCUUCUGACAAAAAACAGUGUCCUUUCUAUUCCUGAUGCCCAUUUCAAUAACUCAGGACUGUACAUCUGUGAAGUGACUAAUCUGGUAACAAAUAAAACAGAGAAAGCAACUGUGGACUUAGUUAUACAAGGUGCUCCAGACAUUACAGAACUCUCCAUUGAACCUUCUACCACAGUUCGAGAAGGAGAAAAUGUUUCCAUACGAUGUUCUGCUGAGGGUAAUCCUUCUCCAAGGAUUAUUUUAAGGAGAAAAUCUGACAGUGCAGACAUGGGGCCUUACAGUGAGGGGAGAAUUCUCCUUCCAUCUGUGACGCUCCUAAAUGGAGGAGACUAUGAAUGUGUAGCAGAAAAUAAGUUUGGGAAAAGUAGAAGUGAAGUAACACUUAAUGUGCAAUAUGGACCAAAGAAUACAAUGAUCUCUGUUAUUCCUGCCACUGCUGUUAAAGAAGGUGAAACUGUGAUAAUGAAGUGUACUAGUUCUGGCAAUCCAGCUCCAGUGAUUUCUUGGAAGAAAAAGAAGACUACUGGGGAGCCUGAGAAAAUCUGUACAGAUGCAACUUUAACCAUAAAGAACAUAAAAAGUCAAGAUCUGGGGCUUUAUGAAUGUGAAGCUUAUAACCAAUUUGGCAAAGAAGAAAAGGAUGUGAAAUUGCUUGUUCAAGUUCCUCCCCAAAAUAUCACUGUGUUAGUAUAUCCAUCAGAAAAUGUGAAAGAAGGAGAAAACAUCACUAUUACAUGUAGCGCAUAUAGUAACCCACCAUCAGAGAUGGUCCUGAAAAAACUCCAUCAGCAGAAAGAAAUCAUUCUGCCAUCAGUGAAUGGAACAUUUAUACUUUACAAUGUCACCAAAAAUGAUACAGGCAGAUAUUUGCUUGAUGUUUUCAAUGAGGUUGGAAACAACAUCACAGUGAUUGAGAUAGCUGUUGUAGAAAGAUUGGCAAAACCAGAUCAAAUGAUCCCACUGAUUAUUGCAUUUUCCUCUGUGACAGCAGUAGCGGUACCUGCAGUUGCAAUUUUGAUCUACGUGUCAAGAAAAGCAAAGAUAAAUGGAUCCUACAGUCUUGUAAAAGCACUUGGGCUGAAAGUGUGAUUCCAUGAAUAGAAGUCUAAGUUCAUAAUAAGCAAUGUUAUUUAUUGUUGUGACUGGUUCCACUUUUCUGUGAAAUACAGUAACAAAAAAAUGACUUAAGAACACCACCACAUGAUAGCAAAUGGAUUGUUUUCCUGUUUUGAUACGUAUUUUGGUAUUUCAAUUAAAGGAAAAACUGGCGUCCUAUCCUAGAAGUGAGUAAAUCACUUCUGUGUUGAAGCAUGCUGAACAUAGAGUUCCUUGGAGAACUAGGUUUGUACAUAGUGUAUCAUUUGUGUUGUAAAUAUGUUCAACUGACUAUCACUUCGUAAAAUUGCAGUCUUACUGCAACUGUACAGGGAAAUGUUAAGUCAAAGAUAUAAAUCAGCAUUACUUGAGCUGAGCAGAUGAUAAUAUUUUAUUUUGUAUUACCUACAGAGCGAAUGUUUUUAAUACAACUUGUCUGCUUGUAGUAAUGUUUGGAAAAUGUUCUCUUUUCACUCGUAUUGCCCUAAACCCUGUCCCUUCAAUGAAAUUCCAUAGUCGCUGGGCUAUGCCUUUCUGAUCCUUUAAAUGAAUUUAAGCUCUCAAG